CCUCAAUUUCUUGAUUUGUUUUGGUUUUUCUCUGUUGGAAAAAUGACGGAAAAUGCGGAAAAUACCACCUAUUUGGAUGAAUUGUGUAGAAUUUGUGCUAUAAAGUGCAGUAUCCUGGAUGUGGGAGUAUACUCUAACAUUGGACAAAUGAAGGAAUUGCAGAAAAAGUUGGAUUCUUGCCUUCCCAUUUCGGUGCGAGACCAUGAUCCAUUCCCUAAGAAACUCUGCCAGAACUGCUGUUUUCAGCUGGAGGCCUUCUAUGAGUUCCGCCAGAAGAGUCUCGAGUCGGAAUGCUACUUCAACAAUUUACUGAAGAAAUCCGAAGCUGGGAUUGUGACUCCUGGAUACUCAGCAGAUGCUUUUGCUCAUAUGGAUUUCGAGGGAUUGCAGGUGUCUGAGGACAAGGAGAGGAAGGAAAAUUUUCAGUACAUUUUGGAGAGUGAUGAUAUCCUUAUAAAAGUGCAGGGAAAUGGUUCACAGUUUAUAGACAAUCUUUCCGGGAAUGAGAUUAUCAACUUUGAUCAGACAAUGUUGUCAGAUACAAAUAUCUUCAUUGAUGCGAAGGAAGAAGGGAAUGCUGAGGCUUUGACGAUUAAUUCCGAGUCUCUGCCUUCGGAUUUGAACUUUGCGGAUCAUCUGACGGAUGUGGAGGAAGAAAUUGGGCUUCAGGGGGAAGAUGAUAGGAAGGUGGAUGAGUCGGCAGGGUCGGAAGGGUCGGAAGUAGAAGAAGGUCAGGAGAAGGAGGAUUUGAGGGAGGUUGAGGAAUUCAAGGAGGGGAGUUCGGAGCAGAAAAGCCAGAAGGGGAAGAAACCAAGGGAAUGCAGUAUCUGUGGGAAGUGUUUUCAGAACAAUUACAAAUUGGAGGAGCACAUGCUGAGGCACAGUGAUCCUAAGCCCUAUAAAUGCUCCUUCGAGGGCUGCCCAAAGGGUUUCUCAUCGAAAAUUGGACGGAUGCAGCAUGAAGCAUCGCACAGCGGAGAGUUUCUGCUGACGUGCGAAAAAUGCGGCAAGGGAUUUCAGUGUCAGAGCUACCUGACAGUGCACCAGAGAGUUCAUUCGGAUGCCAAGCCUUUUGGUUGCUCAACGUGCGGAAUGAGAUUCAAGGCAAAGGCUUCUUUGAUCAAUCACGAGAAUCGUCACAUGGGCAUUCAGCCGUUCAAGUGCAGCGUAGUAGGCUGUGAGAAAAAAUUCGUGAGGAAAGCUCUCUGCCUUGCCCAUGAAUCCACUCACACUUCCGAGGGCAACCGGAAGCAUCCGUGCAGCGUUUGCGGGAAAAAAUACGUAUGCAAAUCCUACCUGGAAGUCCACAUGAGAAUCCACACAAAUACCCGUCCCUUUGGCUGUGAAAUCUGCGGGAAGAAAUUCAUCACGAAUAUCGACUUGAAGUCGCAUCAAUUGGUUCACACGAAGGAAAAGAAGCAUUUCUGUGAGAGCUGUGGGAAGUUUUUCUCCCGGAAAGAUACCCUAAACAUCCACCGAAGAAGCCACACGGGUGAAAAACCCUACAAAUGCCCCUGCGGCGAUAGCUUUGCCAAAUCCUCCGUACGGAAUGUCCACAUGAAGCUCCACACGGGCGAGCGACCUUUCGCCUGUCCGGAGAAAAAUUGCACCAAGAGAUUUGUGGCCAAGAGCACAAUGAUGACGCAUAUCAAGAGACACAGCAAAUGA